CUCCACUCCAGAAAGAGCUGCUGUUAAGCAUUUCAGGGCUGUGUACUGUGCUCAUUGUUCAGAAAAAGCAUACAAAUGAGAUUUCUCAGCAGAAAUAUCCGUAGCUCAAAUAGCACCGAACCUGAGAUGAAUCCUCUUCCCCGCAGCUUUGCUCCCCCAAUUAAUCCACCUGAGCAUAACUCCAGCAUUUUUUAGAGUACAAUGAUGCCUCACAGAAAUGGUUUUAGUUUGAGGGCCUGCACUGGUGGUUAUCUUUCAUAAAUAUUUCCAGCUUCAGUCUUGCUGGCUGCUCUUCUGGCUUAUGUUACAAGAGCAACUUCACAGCAAACUUCAUCACCUUCAAAAUGUCAGUGCUGUCGCUGUCUAUGGCCUCUUCUAGGCUGGUGAGACCCUUAUAGUGAGAUGGUGUUGUAGUGCAUGCAGAAGAUGACAUUUGGCCUCCUCUGCUGCUGCAUGCUGUGGAAGACUGGGCCACUAUGGCUGCGGGUGUUCUACACCCCCAACACAGAUCCGUGCCAAGUUAGCCUUGUCGCAGUUCCUCUACUGCACAGUGAGAAGAAAAAAACAGGCAGAAGGAGAGAAAAACAGGAACUAGCAAGGAAAGCAAGAAGAAUCUGAAUAACAUAUUGUGUCAUGGUUAUCAAGUGUGAAUCCAGACUCACAGGCUGGAAAAUUACCUUCAGGUCAUCAGAGAACAUUGCAGAUGAAAUUCUGGUUUGCUGAUCAACAGAAGAGAAAAACUGGAAUUUCUGAGUUCUGAAAAUUUGCUAUGGCAGACUACAACACUACAGGAGAGUGUGGUUACAAUCCUGAGAAAGGCAAUUUAGAAUGGGGUUAUGAUCAAGGUGUGGAGUGGGGUCUACUGUUUCCCCAGGCCAAUGGCGAGUACCAGUCCCCCAUCAACCUCAACUCGCGUGAGGCCCUCUACGACCCAGUGCUGCUCGAGGUCAAACUGGAGCCCAGCUACGCAGUGUGUCGGGACAGUGAGGUCAUCAAUGAUGGACGCACCGUGCAUGUCCUGCCGAAAUCAAAGUCAGGAUACACUCUGACUCCCACUACUCCAGUGGUGACGGGGGGACCCCUGCCCAGGCAGCAGGAGUUUCAGCUGCAUGAGGUGUGCUUUCACUGGGGCAGGGAGAACCAGCGUGGCUCCGAGCACACUGUUAACUUCAAGGCCUUUCCUAUGGAGCUCCAUCUGAUUCACUGGAACUCGACUGUAUACAGCAACAUUGAUGAGGCCUUGGGCAGGAGGCAGGGAAUCGUCAUCAUUGCUCUAUUUGUGAAGAUUGGUCAAGAGCAUUUGGGUCUGAGAGCACUCACGGACAUCCUGCCGGACCUGCAGUACAAGGGCAAGACGAAGACAAUUCACUUCUUCAACCCUAACACGCUGCUCCCUGAUCCUCUCCUUCGAGAUUACUGGGUCUAUGAGGGCUCUCUUACCAUGCCUCCUUGCAGUGAGAAUGUCACCUGGAUACUAUAUCGCUACCCACUCACUGUCUCCCAGCAACAGAUGGAUGAAUUCCGGCGUCUGCGGACCCACAGGAAGGGGGAGGAGCCUGUCGAGGGCAGCGACAGUCUCCUAGGAGACAACUUUCGCCCAACGCAGCCACUUAGUGACCGGGUUGUCAGGGCUGCUUUCCGCUAGAGCCUUUGGCAGUGAGACCUCCACAGAAAAUCAGGGGCGAGACAGCAAUUCAUCUGUAAGAACUUGGCCCCAGCUGCUUCCAGUGUCGGGUUUUGCUGUUAGGAUGGAAAUACACGUGAAGUGAUCCACCGCAAAAGAAGACACUGGAUUUUCCUUCGUGUGUGGAGAGUAGUACUGAUGUGUCAUUCCCAGAGUAUUCUAUUACAUCAUAAAAUGGCCAGUUGUUCCAACUGGUUUCCAUGGAGCUGAGCCAAAACUGAAAAUAGUGCUCUUAUGAAGGCUACCCAGUUCAACAUGUUAUAAAGCAGAAUUAAGAAAAUUGGACAUAAAAUAGUCAUCUGAUCGACAAAUAAUAUAAACACUGACAAACUACUCCCACUACUGAUGUAGAAGGUACCAGAAAACAGAGGAGCGUUUACCCAGUGGGUGUCUCCCUAAUUUGCCAAGGAAAGUGGACCCGUAAACUUGCUCGGUGCCCAUUUCAUUAGGAAGCUGGCAACGUGGCAGAACGUUGCUUGGCCUUCCAUCCACAUGGCUCCUGCUCUCCACAGUGUCUCCAAGCAACAGGAGAAAGCAUUGUUUAGUGUGCUUCUUUUUAAAAUGAGCAGCCAAAAUGCCUUAUAUUCAGGCCGGGUGCUUGUGGAGAGAUGGUAGGACGGUAUUUCCUGUCCAACGGGCACGUGAGUGGGCACCCUGCCAGCACUGAGGGGUCCUUGGGUGACUUAACCCAAGAAAAAGUGAAGAGAGAGAGAAAGGGAAGAGAUAUACAGUUGGCCAUGCUGGACUUUGUUCUGCCACGUUCGGGUCAGUUUCUGACUUUUUGACUGACCAUCCAAAGAACUUCAACUAAGCAAGUUCAAGUUAGACCUUGUGCCCUCGGUAACUGCAUCUCCAUAGUCCACAGUAGCUCCAUUCCUGCCCAAAAUGAUGAUGUUUUCUUUAGCCUCCUCUCUCCUGCUCCAUCUGCACCACCGCCGGCCACACCCGAGCAUUCCACAGAGCCUCCCCACCCAUGGGCUUGGUUAUUUACAGUCCUGCUUUCCUUCAGAAACCUGAAUACUGGUGCUAAGAGGUAGGCCAGCAUUUCCUAGGGCUAAACACAUUAGCGUAAUGUAAAUUGUGUGAUUAAUCCAAUCAACAGCUUUCUUAAGGUUAAUUAUUUACGGGCUCAGCUGGAGUGCAAGCCAACUUACAGAAUAUGUUUCCAGGGCCAUAUCUGUGCUGUAGCUAACUCUUAGGCAGCGUGUAUGAAUGAACUGUGAGGACGUAGCAGGAGGGAUUUGUAACUACCAUGGACACAAAUAUGUUUUUGCCUUCAGUUUCACUUUCUUGAUGAUUUUGUCCCCGGUGUGGUUCACAAUUCACAUCUUCGUCUACCCCGCGUCUGCAAUCUCAUAGCUUGUGGGAGUUUCACUUGCACAAAAAUGUGCCGAGGCCUAAACAAAAAGUGAUUGGUUCACAAAGAUAACCAAUCAGAUUGAAAAGGAGGUGGGUCCAAGCAACCAAUUAGAUGUUCUUGUCCCGCCUCCCCUGCUUGUUUGGACCCACUUCAUCUGCAAUCUGAUUGGUUGUCGCUGAGAACCAAUCAUUUUUUGUUCUGCCCUCUGAACAUUUUUGUGCAGGUAAAACUCCCUUGAGCAUACUCAUAAAAGAGGUUUGGAACCUUGACCGUUAAUUUACUUCCGCUUACUGACCAGCAGGGAGCAGCACAUUAUUGUGAAAAAAAAAGGAAAAUAAUGGUGAACCAUACAGUUCUCCACCUGUGAAAUCUGUGACUGAAUUUCAGCUCUGACAAGUGGCUUGUAACAGUGAGCUCAGCACUGGCUUCUGGUGGAACAUUUGGUGUUUGAUAAAAUCAUCGCUUAGUAAGAACACAUUGAAAGUUAGAACAUCCACCCUGUAACUGGUGACAUCUAAAUAACACUGAAUAAAAAUUAACAUUGCUAUGUGUUUGCACCUUAAUUGGUGUUUGAUAUGUUUCAUGAGGAUUCAUCCUUUGUUCCCUGCCCUCUUUUUUUAGUAAUUUGCCCACAAACCCUGACAGUAAUGAGCACCUAGUUAUUCCUCUGAACCUGCUAGGUCAGUUUUUUUUCAGACUGGGGGAGUAGGGGAUGGACAAUCCUCUUAACUGCUCGGCCUUUUAAUUUAUCUGUAAUAUUUUGGUCUCUCCAGUGAUCAGUAACUGUCAUACAGAUCAGUAAGCUAUGAACCUUUUCUUUAAAAUGUGUCUAUAAAGAGGUGUUUGUGUUCUAGUUGCACCUCACUGCCACCUUCUCAGCCUUGUGACAAGCAAAACAGGGUGUCAAAGUAUGCAUCAGGAAUGGAUUUUUUCUCGAGUGGAACAAUAGGAUAAAAGGCUUCUGUUUAGAAAGGCUGGGAAGGCAAGAUAUAGGGUGAAAAAUUACAGGCUGACUUGUGGUAAAAACGUCUGUCAAAUAGCUGUUUCGGGGC